AUGGGACGAUCUACUCUCACCGGUGGAGUGUGUAUGGGACGAUCUACUCUCACCAUGGAGGGUUGGUUAGGAUGGGACGAUCUACUCUCACCGGUAGAGGGUGGGUUAGAUUGGGACGAUCUACUCUUAUCGGUGGAGGGUGGGUUAGGAUGGGACGAUCUACUCUCACCGGUAGAGGGUGGGUUAGAUUGGGACGAUCUACUCUUAUCGGUGGAGGGUGGGUUAGGAUGGGACGAUCUACUCCCACCGGUGGAGGGUGGGUUAGAUUGGAACGAUCUACUCUUACCGGUGGAGGGUAGGUUAGGAUGGGACGAUCUACUCUCACCGAUUGACCGGGUGGAUGACGUGUGUAUGACGAAAGGAACAAGCAUGGGAGAGAAGGGAUCUUUAGAAAAGGAGCAAAAUACUCCUAUAAUGAAUAUACCAGUCCAAGGUACACUUCUGGAAAAGUCUCCUGGAAUGGAGACGGAUCACACAGAGGAGCGGGAAACUUGGGGCAAAAAGGCGGAUUUCCUUCUGUCUGUGAUUGGUUUUGCUGUAGAUUUAGCCAAUGUGUGGAGAUUUCCUUAUCUAUGUUACAAAAAUGGUGGCGGGGCCUUUUUGAUUCCGUACGGUUUAAUGUUGCUAAUGGGAGGUAUACCGUUGUUUUAUAUGGAACUGGCUCUCGGUCAAUACAACAAGUCCGGUGCCAUUACCUGUUGGGGAAGACUGUGUCCUCUGUUUAAAGGAAUCGGAUGGGCUGUAGUGUUGAUAGCUUUUUACACAGACUUCUUCUAUAACGUCAUCAUUGCCUGGGCUCUUCAUUAUCUGAUUAAGUCAUUCACGAGUGAGCUCCCUUGGGCGUCAUGUGGAAACGAAUGGAAUACAGAAUUCUGUUAUGACGGUAAAAAUAGAACGAAGGCCAGUAACUCUAGUUUAAAUAUGACGGACGAUGAACCUAUCUCCUCUCCGCCAACGAUUGCCGUUGGAGUGUCCACAGUCGGAUCGUUGUUGAACGAAAGUAUGAUCAACAUUACGAAAGUUCCUAGAUAUUCACCAGCUGAGGAAUAUUUCGUUCGAAGUUUCCUUGGACUUCACCGAAGUAACGGUAUAUUUGAGGCCGGGGCUAUACAGUGGCAGAUAGUUCUUUGUCUGCUUGGUGUGUACGUAAUAUGCUACUUUAGUUUAUGGAAAGGAAUCUCCACCUCGGGGAAGGUGGUGUGGUUCACUGCCCUCUUUCCAUACGUUGUUCUUUUCAUCUUGAUGAUUCGUGGGGCCACCCUCCCAGGAGCGGGAAAAGGUAUAGAGUACUACCUCACUCCAGACUUUGCCAGACUCGCCAAUUCAGAGGUUUGGGUCGAUGCAGCAACACAGGUGUUUUUCUCUCUCGGACCAGGAUUUGGUGUACUGCUUGCGUUUGCUAGCUACAACAAGUUAAAUAACAACGUUUACAGAGACGCCUUGGUCACGAGCGCCGUAAACUGUUUGACCAGCUUCUUCUCGGGGUUUGUUAUCUUCAUGAUACUUGGGUAUAUGGCACAACGGACCAAUCAGAAUAUCGAGGACGUGGCAACGGACGGCCCUGGCCUCGUUUUCGUAGUUUACCCAGAAGCCAUUGCGACAUUACCAGGAGCACCAUUUUGGGCAAUAAUAUUUUUCCUGAUGUUGUUGACUCUUGGUUUGGACAGCUCGUUCGGCGGAUCUGAGGCAAUACUCACAGCUCUAUCAGACGAAUUUCCAAUCCUGCGCAGACACAGAGAACUUUUUGUCGGGGCACUAUUUUCCGUCUAUUUCAUAGUUGGUUUAUCGUUCUGUACAGAGGGCGGAGCUCUUGUGGUACAACUGAUGGACAAAUUCGCUGCGGGAUACUCCAUAUUGUGGGCAGUGUUUUUUGAGACUCUAGUUGUUUCUUGGGCGUACGGUGUCGAUCGAUUCUCUGAAGACAUUCGAUUGAUGGUCGGGUUUCCCCCGGGUCACUACUGGAGAAUCUGCUGGAAGUACGUCGCUCCAGUGUUUUUACUGUUCAUCAUGAUAUUUGGCCUAGUGAUGUACCAGCCCCUGACCUAUGAAGACUACACCUAUCCGUGGCCGGCUAACAUGAUCGGGUGGUGCGUUGCUCUAUCCUCAAUCUUAUGUAUACCAGGGUAUGCAAUCUAUGGAAUAGUAACAACUCCUGGUACCAUUGCAGAGAGAAUACAAAUUUUGGUUACGCCUAAAAAUGACAGAAACCGGCAGACGGCAUCGAACUGGACUGACGUCAGAUUGAAUGGUGGGACAGUCGGAGAUCGAGUAUGA